AAAUCAUCUAGGUAUAACAGUAUGUAUACGCUACCGAAAACUACUCCAAAAGUCUUAACAAAUCUCCCCUUGAUUUCCUCACUUUCACUUUAUAAAUCAAAAGACUCAGACUUUGGGGAUCAUUCAAUUCACAGUCGAGAGACACUUUAAUUUCUUGUCGUUUCAACCAAGAUGGGAAGGGUUUUUAUCGUGGAUCUGGAAGGGCAAAUCUAUAGUUGCAAACACUGUAACACCCAUCUUACAAAAGAACAAGACAUCAUGUCCAAGUCAUUUCAAUGCAGGUAUGGACAAGCUUAUCUCUUCAAUGAAGUUGUAAACAUUUCAACUGGAAAUGAAGAAGACAGAAUGUUGAUGACGGGACUUCAUACGGUAACUGACAUCUUCUGUGUUGGUUGUGGAUCAAACGUUGGCUGGAAAUAUGUGACUGCCCAUGAUAUUAACCAGAAAUACAAGGAAGGAAAAUCAGUUCUUGAAUUGUAUAAGAUUGUGGGUCCUUACGAUAGCAACGACUUGGUCUGUCAAGAAAUUUCAAGACUUGAGAUAUAAUAAUCACAUGAUUCUGAUGACUCUGCUUGAGCUAUUUUCCUUUCUCUUUUUGAGAUUUCUCUUAGAAUGUACAUUCUUCGAUUUUAGCUUAUUGUUAUUUAUUUCUUUUUGGAAUAAGUACAUUUGGUACCUGAAAUGACGCCUAGUUUCAUAGGUUUUAAUUUAGAGUUUAAUCUCAUUUGGGCUUUUGAGCUUUUAACAA